UCUCACAGCACUAUCUUGAAGCAUACCGACAACAAAUGAUAGCAAUGAGAAAUCAAAGCUUUCUGAAGGAAUUCAUUCUUCUGGGACUUACAGACAUACCACAGAUUCAACCUGUAAUCUUCAUGCUUCUCUUCCUCACCUACAUAUUCAGCAUCAUAGGCAACCUGACCAUCAUCAUCCUCACACUACUGGACUCCCACCUCCACACUCCCAUGUACUUCUUCCUCCGGAACUUUUCCUUCAUAGAAAUUUCCUUUACAACCACUUUUACUCCAAGACUGCUCUACAGCAUUUCAACUGGAAACAAGAGCAUUAGCUUUACUGAAUGCCUUACUCAGUAUUUCUUCGCCAUAUUCUUAGGGGCAACAGAAUUUUUCCUUCUGACUGCCAUGUCCUAUGACCGGUAUGUGGCCAUUUGCAAACCUCUGCAUUACACAACUAUCAUGAACAACAGAGUCUGCAUCCAGCUGGUCCUCUGCUCUUGGCUAAGUGCAUUUCUAAUCAUACUGGUCCCAAUCAUCUUCACCAGUCAACUGAAAUUUUGUGCUUCCAACAUGCUAAAUCAUUAUUAUUGUGACUAUGGACCCCUCCUUGAAAUAUCUUGUUCUGACACAAGACUUUUAGAGAUAGUUGACUUUAUCUUGGCAUUUCUAACCUUGUUUGUCACCCUAGUGCUAGUGAUUAUCUCCUACACAAACAUCAUAUGGACUAUUGUAAAAAUUCCUUCUGCCCAGCAAAGGAAAAAAGCAUUUUCCACAUGUUCUUCCCACAUGGUUGUCAUCUCCCUCUCCUAUGGCAGUUGUAUCUUCAUGUAUAUAAAACCUUCGGCCAAAGAAGGUGUAGCCUUCAAUAAGAGUGUUGCUGUGCUCAAUACGUCUGUUGCCCCUUUACUGAACCCAUUCAUUUAUACUCUAAGAAAUAAACAAGUAAAACAAGCAUUGAAUGAUGUUGUCAGAAAGAUUAUCAAUCAUCAAUGA